AUGUCAUGUUCCAUCGCCAGCACGGCCGCGAGGGAAUUUUCUUCAGCCUUCCCCUCCCCCUUCAGCCGUCCAUUCCCUGACCAGUGCUGCCGCUGCAACCAUGCCGUCCUGUCGUCACAAUAUGCGCGGCUGCGCGGAAAAGGAUACACCCAUGGCACGGCCAAAAAGACGCACGCCUUGCCAGCUGGCGAAAUCUCUCCCAUCCCCGUGACAAAAAUGUGGACCCGCCGCGGCAGAGCGAACCUUGAACAUUGCUGGCUCUCCCUUUUUGCAGCUGUGGGGAGCGCCGCACGAUGUGGUGAAGGUACCUGGGCAUUUCUGGGCAAGCUGGGGCCCCUCAAACGCGCAACGACCGUGAGUAAUUGGCUUCUUCAGACUCGUCCCAGCGGAGGGCGCCCGCCACUGCCCCAAUGUGCCCGUUUUUUUGUGGAUGGCGCAAAGGGCGUGGAGCGGCCAAUCACUGUAGCAAGGAUCGAGUCAGACAAGUCGCUUUUGGCUUCAUCAUCGAGAGGCAGGGAUGUCUUGGCCGGACCACCUCGCGUCACGGGAUGCGCCUUCGCUUUUCCAUGCCCAGACAAAUCGCGAUCUCGAGGUCGGUUAGCUACAGAACAUGAGUACCUACUACACCUGCCCCUCGCGGCAUCCUACAAUGGAAGCACAGCACGUCACCGAGCGACGAGGGGGCAGGACAGCACGGCCGCUCGGCCUGCCCCCACUGGCAAGGCCUCGAUAUUUCCCACACGUCAAUCUUCACCGACGUCGAUCAACCGGCUCCCAGCGAAACAGCGGAUGCCUUUCCGCCGCAACUACCGCCCGCUAGCAAAAAAAGAAUCGCACACCAUGACAUCCGUUCGCGCGCACGACCCGAUGCCCCAACGAGCCGGAGUCCACGGGCGACAGGAGGCGCCUCCACUGGCCCGCCAAUCAGGCCGCGGACUCGUGCUCAGCAACGGAGGCCGGAGUCCGCCUCGGUAA